AUGUCUAACGUAUUUGGCCCGGAGAGACCGAAAGUUGAUGGCGGAUUUGAAAGAGAUUCUGAAGAAGACCUUCUCAAACAAAUGAAUAAAGUUCCGUUAUUCAUGACUGAAUUGCCAGAGGAAGAAAAUGAUGCACUUGCUGCUUUACAGUCUUUAAUUUACGAAGGCCCACCUGAAGGUAUUUACACUAAAAAGUUAAAUUUGGAUUCGAAUGUAAAAAUUUGUAAUUUUAUAUAUUCUAUAGAAAUCGCCGAGAAUUUUAAAAACCAAGGGAAUGAAUGCUUUAAAGCUGGCAAAUCACAAUAUCAAGAUGCGAUAAAUUAUUACACGAAAGCAUUAGAAACAAAUUGUCAAGACAAUAAAAUAAUCGGAGCUUGUCUAACAAAUCGUGCAGCCGUUAACUUAGAAUUGCUCCUUACUGAUUGUGCAAAAGCCAUUAAAUUAAACCCUAGAAGCAUCAAGGCAUUCUAUCGCUCUGCAAAAGCUUUACAUGCACUUGAUAAAAUUGAUCAAGCUUUAGAUUGUUGUGAACAUGGGCUUAGAAUAGAGCCAAAUAACUUGGCUUUACAGCAGCUUAAAGAGACUUGUGUUAAACGGAAAGAGAUAAUGGAACAAAAAGCUAGAAUUAAGGAAGAGCGUGAACGAAAGGAACGAGGAACAAGAGAGGCAUUAGAGAAUGCUAUAAAGAUUCGUAAUAUUAAAAUGGAAACAACACCCAACGCACCAAUAUCACCACACUCUGUACAUAUAGAUACUGAAACUCAACAAUUAAUUUGGCCUGUCUUUUUUCUAUAUCCAGAAUAUAAAGAAUCAGAUUUUAUUGAGGCAUUUAACGAAGAAAAUACUUUUUUAGAUCAUCUUGAAGUGAUUUUUGAACAAUUAGCACCUUGGGAUAUAGAACAUAAAUAUACACCAGAUAAUUUACAAAUUUACUACGAAUAUACACUAUCAACUGGCAAUGAAGAAAAACAAAAGCUAAUCAGGAUUGGAAAAAAUUGCACUUUAAAAGAAGUAUUGUCACACCCGAAAUAUGUUGUAAAAAAUGGUAUUCCUAAUUUUAUUAUUUUGCAACGUCAAGGAAAGUUUCAAGAAGAAUUUUUGACGAAAUAUAAAAGUUAA